AUGACCACCCCCAAACCCCCCAACAACCUCCAACGCCAACACAUCGCUGCCGAAACCCACGCCCUGACGCCGUACGUCAUCGCCGCCACGACCGGCGCAUCGCUGCUCUCUCAUGCCCACCUACACCUUCUCCCACGCCUCAGCACCAGCAACGCCAGCAACGCCAGCAACACCGCCGCCGCUCCGCGCCCCCGCAUCACCAUUACAAACCAGGAUAGCUUCACCGCCGCGCGGGCCAUCCAGCAGCGCACGCAGGGCCAGGCGCGCGUCGGGGUGCUGAACAUGGCCAGUGAGAAGCGGGCCGGGGGUGGGUGGCUCAGCGGCGCGCUGGCGCAGGAGGAGGCGCUGUGUUUGCGGAGUACGCUUGCGGCGACGCUGGCGGCGCGGUACUACCCGCUGCCGGUGUAUGGGGCUGUGUGGUCGCCGGGGGUGGUUGUGUUUCGGGGGGAGGUGGGCACGGGCUGUGAGUUUUUGCGGGACGAGGAGAAGUUUGUUGUUGGGGUGGUGAGUUUGGCGGCGUUGAGAAGGCCGGUGCUUACGGGGGAUGGGAGGCGGUUUGCAAACGUGAGUGAUGUCUUCAUCCUGAAGAAUAAGAUGCGUCAGGUGCUGCGUGUGCUUGCGAACAAGGGCAUCACGCAUUGUGUCCUUGGGGCCAUGGGAUGCGGCGCGUUCCGGAAUCCGCCGUAUGAGGUUGCCAGGAUCUAUAAGGAAGUUCUGGAGGAGGAUGAGUGGACUGGAGGGUUCGAGGAGAUCGUCUUUGCGGUGUUGGAUACGAAGGGGGAGUCGAAUUAUACCAUAUUCAAGAACGUCCUGCUGUCGUUGGACAGCAGGAGGUGA